AUGAAGGAUCGGUUUCUCUUUGUCUUUAACAAUAACACGAAGCGUACGAGGUGGGACUGCUCCUUCGCCAUCCGAAGCCGCGUUAUUUUGGGUGAAAGGGCUGCUGAUAUUGAAUCAGGGUUUCGAUUUUUGAAGGAAAUGAUGCCAGAUCACAGGAAGAAAAAUUCGUCGGAAAUGGAUUUCUUUUCUGAAUAUGGUGAUGCAAGCCGAUAUAAAAUCCUGGAGGUCAUAGGUAAAGGUAGCUAUGGUGUCGUUUGCUCAGCACUUGAUACUCUUACUGGUGAAAAUGUCGCAAUAAAGAAAAUACACAAUAUCUUCGAGCACAUUUCUGAUGCUGCCCGAAUUCUGCGUGAGAUAAAGCUUCUGAGGCUUUUGAGACACCCAGAUAUCGUCGAGAUUAAGCACAUUAUGCUUCCGCCUUCAAGAAGAGAAUUCAAAGAUAUCUAUGUUGUUUUUGAGCUAAUGGAAUCAGAUCUACAUCAAGUCAUUAAGGCUAAUGAUGACUUGACACGGGAGCAUUAUCAAUUUUUCCUUUACCAAUUGCUCCGUGCCCUCAAAUAUAUACACACAGCUAAUGUAUAUCAUCGAGACCUAAAGCCUAAAAAUAUUCUGGCGAAUGCAAACUGUAAACUCAAAAUAUGUGAUUUUGGAUUGGCUAGAGUAGCAUUCAGUGAUACACCGACAACAAUAAUGUGGACGGACUACGUUGCUACAAGAUGGUAUAGGGCUCCAGAAUUAUGUGGCUCCUUUUUCUCAAAGUACACCCCAGCAAUUGACAUGUGGAGUAUUGGUUGCAUUUUUGCUGAGGUACUGACAGGUAAACCGCUUUUCCCCGGAAAGAAUGUGGUUCAUCAGUUAGAUCUGAUUACUGAUCUUCUUGGUACGCCUUCCAUGGAUACCAUCUCACGGGUUCGAAAUGAGAAGGCUAGAAGGUAUCUUACUAGCAUGAGAAAGAAGCAGCCUAUUCCGUUUUCUCAGAAAUUUACCAAUGCUGAUCCUUUGGCCCUUCGACUCAUGGAGAAGCUGCUUGCUUUCGAUCCAAAGGACCGUCCAACUGCUGAGGAGGCACUCGCUCAUCCGUACUUUAAAGGACUAGCGAAAGUCGAGAGAGAACCUUCACGCCAGCCAAUUUCAAAGAUGGAAUUUGAAUUUGAAAGGCGAAGAGUGACCAAGGAAGAUGUUCGUGAGUUAAUAUUUCGUGAGAUACUAGAGUAUCAUCCUCAGCUGCUUAAGGAUUACAUCAAUGGAGUUGAGAGAGCUAAUUUUCUCUAUCCCAGUGCCAUUGAUCAGUUCAAAAAUCAAUUUGCUCAUUUAGAAGAAAAUGGUGGUAAAGGUGGAACGUCGAUUCCACUGGAAAGAAAGCAUGCUUCCCUUCCUAGGUCCACCAUUGUACAUUCCAAUACGAUACCACUAAAAGAGCAGACAACUAUUGCAAUUGCAAAAGAUAAGCAGAAUUGUGAGCAAGCGUUCUGCAGAAACUCGAGAGGUUUUGACGGGCCUCAUGAUAGUUUAUCGAGGAACUUGCAGCCACAGCAGAGGAUUACACAUGCUAAACCGGGCAAAGCUGUCAGGCCCAUCCCUCCGUACGAGAACAACAUUGUAUCACCCCAAAUUUAUAACCCGUUGCCUUACGGCUACCAAAGAAAUCAGGGCCCCGUAAAAGCUGCACCAAAGCUAGAUAAUGACAUAGCCAUAAACAUAGACAGUACCAAUCCAUUUUACGAGGCCCAACCCGGGCCCACUAAGGUGGUGGACCGCACGGAUGAAAGAGUGGUAAUGAUUGACACGAAUAUGCUGCAGUCGAGAGCCCAAUCCAUUGGUGUUGCACAUAGGAAAUGUGACAUAACCGGCGCAUUCAGGCCGGGCGUGCUCACGGCACUCAUGGAUGUGAGUGGUGUCGGAAAGACCACUCUUCUCGAUGUACUUCCUGGCAGGAAAACAACCGGUCCCAUCGAGGGGGUCCAAAGCACAUUUUCCCGUACUUCCGGCUACUGGAUCAUGAUUUCGGAGUAUGGCUCUUUAUGA